UGCAGCCUUGGGUCCUCCUCAGAUUGAUCUGGAUAGUGGUGAUGGAGGUGGUCGGCUUGGAGAAGGCAUUGGUGGUGGGAUUCUAGGGCUGGCGCAUCACAUGUACCAUCCGCUCGACGAUGGUGCGCCUAGCUCGGCCCCUGCGCCAACGGCGACUCGGACCGCCGCCCCGGAACGUGCUGCAAGCAAUGCAGAGUGCAACAGCAGUGUAGAUUGGAAUCGCAUGUAUCAAGAAGUGCUCGAGUCGGAGAGUGCAGAUCGAGAAGAGCAGCUGGCCAUGGUGCGUGGAGAGUUUGAGGCGGCGGCGCGGGCCCACGCCAAGAUCAUUGUCGACGAGAUGCACCUCCCGCCUACGGCACAGACACAUCCCCCCUCGCAGUCGAUGGGCGGCGUGGCCGGUGGCGACAAGUAUGUUGUGGACGGAAUGCUGCUCAAGUUUGCCCGCGACACGACCGGCCUCUACGGCGGCGAUGCUUUUGCCGGCAAGGCCGCUGCCCACGAGCUUCUUGGUGCUGAAGCAGUGACUUCAGCAUAUGUGCCUGGUCUCGGUGCCCCGCUUCUUGCACUGGUUGACUACUCUGGCUUUCGACUUGUUGCCGCAGCGCUGGUUCCGAUUGUGCCGCCAGAGUCGCUGGUCCACGGUUCGAGCGAUGCGGGCGUCACCGUCCAUCAGGCGGCUCCCGAGUCCGCCACCGGACGUGCACUCGAGCAGCUCGGCGUCGGGCUCAAUCUUGCUGAGCAUGCUGUCACUUCGCGCGACGGAUCGGCCACCAUUCAAACGCGACUCGCUGCCGAUGUCGAGGUCCACGUCGGCACCGACGGCCGGACAUAUGUCCUCGACACUGCCCGGCUCUUCCCCCCUGACGAGCCGGUCGUGACUCUCCGCGGCUCGCACCUCUACCGGCUCCUCCGGCCCGAACUGGUGUCUGCCUUUCCGCACCCGCUCUCGCCAGACGCGUUUCGCACCCAUAACGCCCGGGUCCGCGCCGCUGUCGCGCACCUCCGCACCCAUGUCAUUCCAGCGUUUGCACGCGAGCUCCACGAUGCGUACGCGGCAGCGCAUGCCGAGAUUGAGGCGCAAGCGCGUGCGGCUGACAAAGACGGCGCCCAUGCGUCACGCGACGUCGAGCCGCAGACAUGGAACGAGCUAGCAGCAUCGAUUACCAGUCUCGCUAAGGAUUUUGUGGUCGCUGGCGAGGCGCUGCGGCACGAGAUUCGACUUGCGGUUGAAGCCCGGUCCCGAAUUCUGCCGACUGCUUCCGAGGGCAAGGCCGAGUCCGAUGAGGCGAGCGAGGUAACUGGCCUCGAUCUGGGGCCAAGGUCGGUCCAUUUGCAAGCAAUCCGAGCAUGGCCGCGUGCUCAUUCCGGAGGCCGAGCCGCCGAGCUCGAUGCGGCCGUGCUUGACAUUCUCGAGGACGCACUGCACGAGUGGGGCAUCAACGUCCGGUACCUCGGCGCCGUUGCUGGUUUGGUCGAAGAGAAGGGCGGAGUGGCGGCAGCGCGUCUGCGACGGCUGCUGCUCACGGAAAUGGUGAGCCGGACACUCAAGGUCGAGCUCCGCGAGAUCAUGCGUGACUGCGGGGGCGUCGGGCGCGACGAGAACGAGCUUAGGGCGCGAAUUGUCGACCACUUUAACCUUGUGCUGGGCACGUCGCGGGCGGCGACGACGGUUUGGGCGCGCGGCGGAUCGUUUGUAGCGCAUGUAGCGGCCAAGUACCCGAUGGACGUGGAGCACGGUGCGGAGCUGCGAACGAGCGUCGACCUCGGCUUGGUCUUUGCGCGAGUCCAGGCUGCGACUGGUAUCCAUUUUACCGAGGCCGUCAAUGGGACAAUGGUGCGGCAGCCGAUGUCUGUGCUCGCGCUUGCUGCGCCGUUCAAGGCCAGCCAGGUCGCUUCUGUCACGCCGCGGACUCCGAUGGUCCGGCUCCAGAUGGCGUCGCAUGCCAAGGUUGUGGCCAUGGGCCAGCGAGUGCUGCAGGUGGCAGACCGCGACCUGUGGACGGCGUCAACAGCAUACUACCCCAAGCUCGCGCCGGAUUUGAAGCACGCACUGAUGGCGGCACCCGACGUGGCGGCGCUCUGGUUCAUCACUGCGCGAUUUGCAGACCAACUCGGGGCCGACGAUGUCACCGCACACGCGGCGUACGCGCGGGCGCGCAUGCUUAUCUCCACGUGCGACCCAUCAUCGUCGCUUGACGCCAAUCUUGCAGUCGGUGAGAUCGAGCGGCACUAUGCGCACUUUGUUCUGGAGCGCAAUAUAGUCCUCAAAGGGCUCAAGCUACUUGCCCGCGCACCUCCCUCGCCGACCGGCAAGCCUAUGGGUCGGCUGGUUCCCGUCUCAGACGGGGGCAGCCAGAUCGAGUGGCUGUGGAAUGCGCGGAUGCUCGAGUGCUUGUCGUCGGGUAGCAGCAUCAGCUUUUGCGGUCCGGGCAUCGAGGUCAAGCUCCCCUACCGUCUUGCCUCCAGCGGCCGAAACUCACGAUGGAUUUGGGACAGCGAGAAGCUGCAACUCGACGCCAGCAGCCACAACGGCAAUGUGCCGUGGAAGACAACAAUGUUCAGGUGUGGCAGAGAGGGCGAUCUGUUCACGAGCGCCGAUGGCAGCGUCUCAUACACCUUUGAGCGGGCCAACAACAAGGUUUUGCGAGCGGAACGGAUCAUACCUGCCCAGGGCCAGCACGGGUCCCGACAUGCGCACCAGCCGUUUGGCCACCAUGGUCGAGCCAAGCCGUUUGGCCACCACAGCGCGGCCAAGCCGUUUGGCCACCACAGCGCGGCCAAGCCGUUUGGUGCGCCACAGCAGCAGAAAUUGGUUCAGGAGCGGCCGUGGCAAGUCACGUUUCGGAUGAUCGGGCGUGUUCCGCUCGCCCUCAUGGUGCUGGCGAUCGAGAUCGAGGCCAUGGUGCGCAAGUCAUACUGACCAAGAGCUGGAGACCGAGUCUACGCCCUCGCCUGCACACACACCCGCGCCCGCGGCCGUGCCCGAAUUCGAGCUGCAUGACUCCGAGUAGACGGUCAAGCCCGACUUGGCAGUGUCGAACAACGUCCGCCCGGUCAUGCGAUCCGAGUAAUACGAUGCGGAGCCGUCCGAGGUGUAGGCGUCAGCAGCGUCUGGCGUGCUGCCGGGCGAUGCGAACCAUGUCAUUGGGUUGAGCCAGUCAGCCCAGGACCGCGCAGGAGAUGCCGUUGGCACUGCAGGCGGCGCUGCCGGAGCGUGAAACACGCCGGGCAUCGAUGUUGUGUGCUCCAGCUCGGUGGGAGGGACCGGACGCGAUGGCCUGCUGCCGCGGUCUCGGCGCCGCCGUGCAUGCGCGUGCUGCAACCGA